GCCCAUUAGCUAUAGACUAAUUUUCGGCUGCCGGGUCUGUAACUAUUUGAUUUCAUGGUGUCCGCCAUUGAUGCUGCAAAUAUCAUCAGCGUUUAUUGGGGAUCUUGAAGAACACUGUAAUGUUGGAUGAAAGCAUGUUUGAUGUGCAUUUGAAGUUGUGGGCACUUCGAAUCCCUAGAGAGUUUUGUAAGGUUGCGUCUAAAUUACUUGAUGGACAUAUGCUCGACAAACCCAGAAUCAAGCCCGUUGUAGAAGACCCGACCAGUGAAAAAACCCGUUAUGUGAUAUUAUCCGAAAAGGUACAAAAUCCCGAUCUUUCAGAUAUUCCUGCGCAUAUACUCGACGAAUUAAAGAAGUUAUGCAAGAUCGAAACAGUUCCGUACUCGAUGACACUUGGAUAUUCAUACUGGGGUGCAGAUGAUGUACUGAAGAAGGUUCUACCAUCUGGACUUGAGGUCCCGUCAUCUUUCGAAACAAUAGGUCACGUUGCUCAUCUGAAUAUACCGGAUGUACUUCUUCCGUACAAGGAUGUAAUUGCAAAAGUCAUCUAUGAUAAAAACUAUCCGAGAAUCCUGACGGUUGUCAAUAAAGUUGGUUCCAUUGCAAACGAGUUUCGCGUACCAAAAUUCGAAGUAUUGGCGGGAAAACCCGACAUGGCUACAGAGGUGAAGCAAUACGGUGCAACAUUUAAGCUGGAUUACGGGUUGGUUUAUUGGAAUUCAAGAUUGGAGCAUGAACACAUAAGGCUGGUCAACAAGUUUGACCAAGGAGAGAUAAUAUGCGACAUGUUUGCCGGGAUUGGUCCUUUUGCUAUUCCGGCUGCACAAAAACGAUGUUUAGUGUAUGCUAAUGAUCUUAAUCCAGACAGCGUUCGUUAUCUGAAAAUUAAUGCGGAUGUUAAUAAAGUUAAUGGUAAUCUCCGUGCUUAUAAUAUGGAUGCAAGAAAGUUCGUAUCUCAACUGUUGGCGGUGCCCGUUGGUGAAUCUAAAGUUGGAGAUUCGAGUUUAAUUUCGUCUGCACAAUGCGAUAUUCAAGAAAAUAUGAAAGAAAACUUCAUAGAACGGAAUUCUGAAACUGAUGAUUUAAAAGGAAGCGAAAGCAAAAGAAUAAAAACUCGUGUUCCAUUUACGAACAAAUCUUGGGAACAUAUUGAUCACGUGAUCAUGAAUCUGCCUGCUUCUGCUCUACAGUUUCUUGAUGUAUUCAAAGGCCUUAUACAGAGGAAACAUUGGAAAGGGUCUCUACCAUGGAUACAUUGCUACUGCUUCAUUCGAUCAAACGAGUCUCGAGAUUUAGUGGUUUCAGAGGCAGAAUCACUCUUGAAUGCUAAGAUACAUGGGCCAGUCUUUCAUCGAGUUAGAGAUGUUGCUCCAAACAAGGCAAUGUAUUGCUUGAGCUUUCGAUUACCCGAAGAAGCAUGCAUCAAUCCUUAACAAAUGGUAAACAAACUAUAAAAUGAUAGGCUUUUUGCAUGGAAAAUUUUCAAUUCAAGAAAAUAUCUUGUUAUUCAUGUUUCCGUAACAUUUUAUACAUCAUUAUCAAGAUUUUGAUUUAUAAGAAUGGCCAUUAAGUGCUAA